GAAUCCCAUAAAUUAUAAAGGCGUAGAGCCUAUAAUGUGUUUCUAACACCUGACAGCAACGGUGUGACACCAGCCUGAAGAGGACAAAUCGAGCUUGUGAAAGGUUGUUACAAAAGACUCUUUGGAACUUGUUUUUAAUUUCAGAACAUGCAGAACUAAGAGUGUCUGUGGCUAUAACCACAAAGCUGCAAUCAUUUAAAAUUUGAUGAAGCGAUCACUAAAAAUAACCAGACAUCCAGAUAAGCAUCGACGUCUGAUAUUGAUGGCUCCUCCCCCGCUACCUGUAAAUCUGCGAUGCCAUCUUUCAACAAUUGAAUUUGACACACGACAGUUGGAGAUCGGACAGCGAAAGAUUACUAAAACCGCUCCUCAGCACAACAAACAACCGUUUUUUGACACGAUACACCCGCAAGGAUAUCGACAAACUGCGGUCUUUAACGUGAGGAGCGCAUUCAACAGUGCGCGGCGCGGAGCUGAAGUAGCGGACCUGCUGAAGGCUGCGCUGUUGAACAAGGUGGAUGAGUGAGUGAAUCCAUCGACUGACGAGCGAAACGUCCCUCAUCGCUAUGAUAUUAGUGCUUGCAUAGCUUUAUUCAUCCGGACUAUCAAGGACAUUUUGAGGAGUUUGUUAAAACAGAAAUUUGAAUUUUAUCAAAUUGAUCAAACGAAUGGCGCGCACUUCCCGCCAUGAACGCGCAUCGUGAGGCGGAUCACUGAUAUCUCGGUUUCAAAGGAAGCUUGAUUGAGGUGCUCGUGUGUGCUGUCGACUUAACUUUCACGCCCUAGCUUUAAGCCAGAUGAGAAGGCUCAGGAGCGAAAGGUGGUUGACUCAACAUGGCUGAGCCGCUGUGGCAUCAGGGGGCGCUGGCUGGAGCUCCCUGAAGCGCCUGAAUCCCACUUGGGUUGUUUGUUUCGGAGCUGGCAGAUGACCAGAAGGCGAUAAUGGCGAAAAACAGAGAGAAAUUCAACCCGGAUCCGUCCAUCCACAUAUCCAAGAUGAAUGUUAUCAUUCCGUUUACACCAGAUGUGCCCUGUGACAACAACGGCCAGCGGAUGUGGUGGGCUUUCCUCGCCUCCUCCAUGGUCACUUUCUUUGGGGGUCUCUUCAUAAUCCUCCUGUGGAGAACUCUCAAAUACCUGUGGACUGUGUGCUGCCACUGUAACGCCAAAAAGAAGGAGGUGCAUCGCAUCACCACAGGCGAUGGCAUCAAACGCGCUGACAAGGACGAUGGGGCGGCCAAUGAGGUGGGCUGGAUGACCUCGGUCAAAGAUUGGGCUGGAGUCAUGAUAUCUGCUCAGACACUAACGGGAAGAGUUCUGGUGGUGCUCGUGUUUGCUCUCAGCAUUGGAGCCCUUGUAAUAUACUUCAUAGAUUCCUCUGAUCCUAUUGAGUCCUGUCAGAACUUCUACAAAGACUUCACCUUGCAGAUCGACAUGGCGUUCAAUAUAUUCUUCCUGCUGUACUUCGGCCUCCGUUUUAUUGCUGCCAAUGACAAGCUGUGGUUCUGGCUGGAGGUGAACUCAGUGGUGGACUUCUUCACUGUUCCUCCAGUGUUUGUGUCAGUGUACUUGAACAGGAGCUGGCUUGGCUUGAGGUUUUUAAGGGCCUUAAGACUGAUACAGUUCUCAGAAAUUUUACAGUUUCUGAAUAUCCUAAAGACGAGCAACUCAAUAAAGCUGGUGAACUUGUGUUCAAUCUUCAUAAGCACAUGGCUAACUGCAGCAGGCUUCAUUCAUUUGGUGGAAAACUCAGGGGAUCCUUGGGAAAACUUCACAAAUUACCAGGCACUUUCCUACUGGGAAUGUGUCUACUUACUCAUGGUUACGAUGUCCACUGUUGGCUAUGGGGAUGUUUAUGCAAAAACCACUCUGGGCCGCCUGUUCAUGGUCUUCUUCAUCCUUGGUGGUUUGGCCAUGUUUGCAAGCUACGUCCCUGAAAUCAUAGAGUUAAUAGGAAACCGCAAGAAAUAUGGUGGUUCCUAUAGUGCGGUUAAUGGAAGAAAGCACAUCGUGGUCUGUGGUCAUAUAACACUUGAGAGUGUGUCCAACUUUCUUAAAGACUUCCUACACAAGGACAGGGAUGAUGUCAAUGUAGAAAUUGUUUUUCUCCAUAAUAUUUCCCCUAAUCUUGAGCUGGAAGCCUUGUUCAAGCGCCACUUCACCCAGGUGGAGUUCUACCAAGGGUCUGUCCUAAACCCACAUGACCUGGCCAGAGUCAAGAUUGAAUCAGCUGACGCCUGUUUGAUCUUAGCCAAUAAAUACUGUGCUGACCCUGAUGCUGAGGAUGCAUCCAACAUCAUGAGGGUAAUAUCUAUCAAGAAUUACCAUCCAAAGAUCAGAAUAAUUACUCAAAUGUUGCAGUACCACAAUAAGGCCCAUCUUUUGUACAUCCCAAGCUGGAACUGGAAGGAGGGAGAUGAUGCCAUUUGCCUUGCGGAGCUGAAGCUUGGCUUCAUCGCCCAGAGCUGCCUGGCUCAAGGCCUGUCCACUAUGCUGGCCAACCUGUUCUCCAUGAGGUCCUUCAUUAAGAUUGAGGAGGACACAUGGCAGAAGUACUACCUGGAAGGAGUAGCCAAUGAGAUGUACACUGAGUACUUGUCGAGUGCCUUUGUGGGCUUGUCCUUCCCAGUAAUUUGCGAACUCUGCUAUGUAAAGCUAAAGCUACUACUGAUAGCUAUAGAGUACAAGUCUGAUCAGAGGGAAUGCAGCACCCUGAUAAACCCGGGAAACCAUGUUAAAAUGCAGGAGGGAACCUUGGGCUUCUUCAUUGCCAGCGAUGCCAAAGAAGUGAAGAGGGCACUGUUUUACUGUAAAGCCUGUCACGAUGACAUCACUGACCCCAAAAGGAUAAAAAAAUGUGGAUGCAAGAAAUCCAAGACGCCCGCCUACAAGAAAAUAAGACUGGCAUGUUGUUUUGAUUGCGGAAACUCAGAGCAGGACUGCUCUUGCAUGCCAGUUAAUGUUCGUUGUAACGUGGACUCCCCUCAACGUGACAUCCCACUCUCUGCUGUCUCUGUAAAUGAUUGCUCAGCCACUUUACGUGCCUCUAAAAAUAGCUAUAAUGGAUAUAUCAAAUCAAUUGAAGAGGACCAACAAUCUGCGCUAUCACCCAAAAAAAAGCAACGUAAUGGAGGCAUGAGGAACUCUCCGAACACCUCGCCCAAGAUAAUGAGACAUGACGCGCUCCUCAUCCCGGGGAACGAACAGAUUGAAAGCCUGGAUGAGAACGUGAAGAAAUAGGACUCCACGGGGAUGUUUCACUGGUGCCCGUCCAAAGACAUUGAGAAGGUCAUCUUGACACGGAGCGAGGCAGCCAUGACUGUUCUGAGUGGACAUGUGGUCGUGUGCAUAUUUGGAGAUGUGAAAUCCGCGUUGAUUGGUCUCCAAAACUUUGUCAUGCCCCUUAGAGCGAGCAACUUUCACUACCAUGAGUUGAAGCACAUUGUGUUUGUUGGCUCAGUUGAGUAUCUGAAGCGAGAGUGGGAAACUCUUAAUAAUUUUCCAAAAGUCUCCAUUCUUCCAGGCACGCCGCUGAGUCGGGCAGAUCUGAGGGCUGUCAACAUCAACCUCUGCGAUAUGUGUGUCAUUCUGUCAGCAAAUCAGAACAAUAUUGAUGAUGCAUCACUGCAGGACAAAGAAUGCAUCUUGGCGUCACUCAACAUCAAAUCCAUGCAGUUUGAUGACAGCAUCGGGGUCUUGCAGGCUAAUUCCCAAGGUAGGGAGUGUCCUAUCAUAUUCCUGGACCAAGAUGAUGAUGACGACCCAGACACAGAGUUAUACCUCACUCAGCCUUUCGCCUGUGGGACAGCCUUCGCAGUCAGUGUGCUGGAUUCUCUAAUGAGCGCUACAUACUUCAAUGAUAAUAUCCUCACCUUGAUCCGGACUCUGGUAACAGGCGGGGCGACCCCAGAGCUUGAGGGGCUGCUGGCGGAGGAGAAUGCGUUGCGGGGUGGCUACAGCACACCACAGACCCUGGCGAACAGGGACAGGUGUCGCGUGGCACAGCUGGCCUUGUACGAUGGGCCCUUUGCUGACCUAGGGGAUGGUGGUUGUUAUGGUGACCUGUUUUGUAAAGCUCUAAAAACAUACAACAUGCUGUGCUUUGGUAUCUACCGGCUGCGAGACGCACAUCUAAGCGCACAAAACCAAUGCACUAAACGGUAUGUCAUAACCAAUCCACCAUAUGCGUUUGAGAUGGUGCCCUCAGACCUGAUAUUCUGCCUGAUGCAGUUUGACCACAAUGCUGGCCAGUCUCGAACCAGCUUCUCCCACUCUUCUCAUUCGUCCCAUUCCUCCAGUAAGAAGAGCUCCUCAGUCCACUCUAUCCCAACCACCAACCGCGCCAACCGCACCAAAAGCAGAGACUCACGAGACAAACAAAAUGCAACAAGGAUGAAUAGAGUGGGCCAAGAAAAGACAUGGUUUACAGAUGAGCCAGAGGACACACACCUGAGGACCGUACAGAUUAAACCUGUGAAUACUCUCGCCGUCAACCAAGUCAGUCAGUAUAAAUCCACAAGCAGCUUGAUUCCACCCAUCAGAGAAGCAGAAAUCGAGUGCUGAGCUCUGGACCCGUGCUGUCAUCUGGACACUCAGGGUCCCAGAAGACUUAUCGUGUAGGUUUCAUCUGCAAGCAUAAAUCAUGAAUUGACAUUAGAUGAAACUGCUUUCUUCAUUCACUUCUGCAGCAAGCUUAGUGUACAAGCAGAUUUAAAAUCAUACAUUUAGUAUAAUUGAAGACAAUCACAGUCAAAGGUCACCACUCAAGUAUUAGUUUGCACAGCUAAUCGUUAUUGGUGACCAGACCCCAUGACUUUUUUUCCAUUUUGGAGAAUAAGGGAGAAGAGCAAUGUGAGAAUGACUACUGCUACUAAAAGAGGUGAUUAUGAUGAUUACUGGAUCAAGUUUUGCAGUUGUAAAAGUUGCCUUUUUAGCUGUUGAUGAACUACUACUACACUUACUUUACCCAGUGUUAGAGUUAUUUUGUACAGUAUGUUAAAAUGUGUAUUUUACAUCAAGCUGCAGUCCCAUCACAAUGGCAUUGUUAGUGACUGAUUCCUUUGCCAUUUGGAGCUAAUUCACAACAUUUGUGACGGUUACCAUAGCCAGUGCCCAUGUGUAAAUGGCAACUGGCUUCAGCCUUAUCUCUGUCCAUUUAUCUUUGCCUUUUUGAGUCGUUUGUUUGAAAUGUUUUCAUGUUGUCAUCUGGCUGCAAUGUCCAAAACCCCUGAAAGCUUGUUACAGUAAAUCUGCAAAGUUUGUCCAGAGUUGAAAUGUUAUGGAAUAUUCUUUUCUCUUUUCUUUUUUAUGCCAAUAGUCAAAUAUGAUAGAGCUGUUUUGCUGGCAAUAUUAUAAUAUAAACAAAAAUCUAACAGUUUCUAAUACAGUGGCAGAGCUCGUCAUUUAGAUAAGACAGCAUAGACAACGGUACCGUAUGAUGAGUCUGUAGGUGAAUUGAAUGUGAAAGCC